CCGACGGGUGUUCAUCAUGGUAAAGCUGUUGUGGAGCAAUAACAAAACGAUAUUCAUGGAGACCAACCGAUUGGAUUUGAGGCCGUUCGAUCAAGACGGAGGUCAAAGGUGAACCGGUCUGUUCCAGUGUGUGCUACACCCACUCAUGAACUCUUGAUCAAAGUGUCCAUUUUUCGGAACGCAGCCGACCAAUGUCACUUCCCAUCCGGGGAGCGGGUUAGUGUCUGCCCUUAGUCUUCAUGUACCCGACACCGGGACAUCCAGGCCCCGGUGGCCCACAUAGAGCUGGGCCUCAUGUGCAUGUGCAGCCACAUUCCCACCAUCCUCCUCCCACACAUCCUGGGAAUCAACCUCAAGCGCACGGUUAUACGGGCGCCGUACCCAGGCAUGGGGUGCGCUCUCAGUGUCCCAAGGGCCAUGGAGCUCAUGGACCCUAUGUAUCCCGGUCCCAAGAGGCUGGUCCAACUGCCAGACCUGCGCUAGCCGGUCGGAGACGACCCGACGCUUUGCGAGCAGUGGAUGUUAUGGGUGUACUGCAAGAGAAAUUGGCCAUCCUCUCUGGUGGGCGUGAUAAAAGGGGCGGAGCUCUGGUGACCUUUCCUGCCACGCCCAGACGGGAACGAGCCAAACCAGAAGAUUACAAAAUACUUCUUCAAUAUCUCAUCGGAGUUCCCAGUGAGGAUGUACGUGACCUUGGCUUGACGGUGAUCAUUGAUAUGCGAGGCUCAACAUGGACCACUGUGAAACCCAUUCUGAAGGUCCUCCAAGAAUUCUUUGCGCACCAAAUCCAUAGUGUGCACAUUAUCAAGCCGGAGAAUUUCUGGCAAAAGCAGAGGACCAGUCUCGGGAGUCAAAAAUACAAAUUCGAGGCCAACCCUAUCAGCUUGGAUUCUUUGAUGAAAGUAAUUGACCUUUCAAAUCUCACCCAAGACCUGGAGGGUACCCUCGUCUACGACCAUACCACCUGGAUUGAGCUCAGAUGUGCAUUGGAAGACUUCUUUUGGCAAGGUUCAGAGAUGCUCGAUCGUUUGGAUGAAAUGCGAGAGGACUUGAAUCAUAAUGAUUUUGCGGACGAUGUCACUGGGGCUCGAAAGGCCACUGACCUACACAAUGAGGUCAAACGAAAGAUCCUUAAGUUACCGGUGGAGAACAUAGAUAAUGUUGGCCAACAGUUAUUACAGAGAUUAUCCAUGUGUGAAAGUGGAAAUAGCUAUGAUUCUGGAUACUCAGGACGAGAUUCCACUGCCAGCAAUAUGACGUCUAAUCCCGACAUGCAAGGCACCAUUCCUGACAUAAUGCAACUUCUUGACCACGUUCAUUCUGGGCAACAGCAGUUACUGCAGUUGUGGCAGAUCAAGAAGAUGAAGCUCGAUCAGUGCCUUCAGUUGCGCCAUUUUGAGCAGGAUUGCGAAAAGAUGUUCGAUUGGAUCUUCCAUCAUCGUUCGCAAUUCCUUAAUAACUACGUGUCCAUUGGCAGGUCCUAUCAAGAGGCCAAGAAGCUCCAAGAUGAUCACAACCAUUUCACCAUGGGCUCCAAUAAUGUGUUUUCCAACAUCAAUCGGAUUUUGUCAGAUGCUGCUAAAUUGAUUGAAAGUAGCCAUUAUGCGUCACAACACGUUCGUGCCGUGGCUGCUCGACUUGAUAAGAAUUGGAAAGACUUUGCGGGUUGUCUGGAUGAACGAACGACAGUUUUGGGUCUCUCAGUACUGUUUCAUCAAAAAGCAGAGACGUACGUGAACAAUGUUUCCAAAUGGGGCCAAGGCUGCGAAAUGCCCUCGUCGAUGUCUAGCACUACCGACAUAACGACCUUGGAGACAUCCAUUCAUCAGCACCAAUCGCUGUACGAAAAUAUGUGUCAGUCCUAUACCGAAGUACAUUCCACCAGCAAAAAACUCUUGUACCAAUUGGAUCACUUGGUCCAAACUUGUUCCAAUGUUCAGAAUGCGGACCACAAGAAACAAGAUUCUAGACAUUCUGGAGCUCAAGGGCCCAAAAAGGACUCCGCUGAGGACUAUACGGAAGGAGCCAGUCAUGUGCUUGCUGUCAUUCACGAUAUUUUGGCCCAACAUCGUGCCUUAGAGGCCAAGUGGCACGCCAAGAAAAUCAAAUUGCAUCAAAGAUUGGCCUUAAGGCUAUUCCAAGAGGAUGUGAAGCAGGUUUUAGAUUGGCUACAAAAUCACGGUGAAGUGUUCUUACGAAAAAAUGUGGGCAUUGGAAGAAGUCUGCAGAAAGCCCGGGCUUAUCAGAAAAGCCACGAAACUUUCGAAGGAGUCGUUCAGAACACGUACACCAAUGCGGAAAAGCUUUUAGCGGCUGCUGCAGAAUUGGCUCAAACAGGAGAAUGUAACGCUGAAGAUAUUUACUCGGUAGCACAUGAAUUGGAAUCCCAUAUAUCCAGUUUUGCUCAAAGGGUGGAAGAAAGGCGGAAAUUGUUGGAAUUGGCAAUCGUGUUCUAUUCACAUACAGAGGAGCUUAUAAAUUGGUUGACUGAGCUCAAGCAGGAACUUCAAAGCGAGGAAGUCUCCGAGUCCCUGGACGGGGCCGAGAGGCUAAUUGAGCAAUUUAGCAAUCAGCGAGACUCGACCUUGGAUGCUUGUGCUAGUACCAUCGCGGAGGGAAAGACUCUUUUCGAAGAAUUAAAGUCAAACGGAAUUUCUAUGGAGUUAGAUGCGAGUGGGUCAAUGAGUGCAGUCCAGACCACAUUAGAUCGUUUGGGAACGCAACGAGAUGAGCUUGGAGAGCUCUGGAAGAGCAGAAAGAUGCGUCUUGACCUCGGACUUCAGCUCCGGCUGUUCGAACGUGAUGCCCUCGAGUUAUCGUCACAAUACGAGCUCUGGGGAGAACAGCUUCAGAAUGGGGAUCUUCCAAGAGAUAUCAAAGAGGCCGAGGCCCAACUUCGUAAUCUAAGUGAACAUAUCUCGCACAUCCAAAGUGCAACAUUUGAAGUGACUCAGCGAGGACAAGAAUUGCUCCAAUUAUUGGAGAAUUCGGGCUUGGCUCUGAUGUCGGAUAGUCAAUAUAAUGGUCAAACACGGGUUCAAGUCCUCUUGGAGUACAUCCAAGAGCGAGAGAUCGAUAUCGAAGAGUUCGGAAGCCUUCGUCGUCUGAAACUCGAACAAUGCAUCCAGCUUUCUCAAUUUGAAGGCGAUGCUAAUCAGGUUAUCCGAUGGAUUCAGAGUGCAGAAGGAAUGCUGGCUGCUAGCUUCAGUAUUCCUGGAUGUCUUCAAGAUGCUGAGCAAAUAAAGAAGGAACACGAGCAAUUCCAAACUGCCAUUGAGAAAACCCACGCUUCUGCUGUCCAUGUGCGACAAAGGGCCGAGACUCUAUUCCAAAGCAAUCAUUUCAACCCUGGAAGAGUCAAGGAAAUUGCUGAUGGUGUAACCUCAAGGUGGCAAGGACUCGUGACCAGGGCCGAGGAACGACAUAAAUUGGUCACAGCUAGCUUGAACUUCUACAAGACUGCUGAGCAAGUAUGCUCCGUCUUGGAUAGUCUGGAAAAGGAAUACCGACGUGAUGAUGAUUGGUUGGUGAGGUCCGCGGGCAAUGGAGACCACCAUGAUAAAGUGGCACUCGUGGUUCAAAUGAUCAAUAAGCAUCAGGAACAAAAAGAGGCCUUUCUUAAAGCGUGUACUCUCGCACGAAGAACGGCUGAGACAUUCCUCAAGUAUUCCAAUCGAAGUGUGCAGUAUUUUGGCCAUGCCCAAGGGAGUGAGGCAAGCUCCAAGGGACCAGAAGCCAAAGUUAAAGUUAUCUUGGAGAAACUCUUGGCCCAAGAGAAUCGUGUGCUCGAGUAUUGGUCCUCGAAGAAGAAACGUCUGGAUCAGAACCAACAGUUCUGUUUGUUCGAACGAUCUGCGCGUCAAUCCCUGGCAUGGAUCAAAGAAGAGGGAGAUAUCUAUUUGAACACUCAUCACAGCAAAGUGGGCGCAACCAAAGAAGAGACGGAGGCCUUGUUGGCGGAGCAUAACAGCUUCAAGGAAAAAGCCAAGGAGACACGAGAGAAGGUGAAGCUCCUAUUGCAAUUGGCUGAUACCCUUGUGGAAAAAGGUCAUGCUCACGCCCCAUCCAUCAAACAGUGGGUCCAAGAUGUGGAUAAUACAUACAAAGAUUUCUCCACACGCAUGGAUGAAUACAAGGUCAAAUUGGAAAAGACGUUGGGGGUACAACAGAGUUCGGCCCUGGCCUUGGUGGACCUCACCAGUGAUAGAAAUUCAGAUGCCAGUCUCGAUUCCAAGUUGGGAGCCAUCCAAGAUGAGGUAUCAGCCUCUAAUGACUCGGACUUGAAACAAAUCAAAGAGAUGAACGAGGAGAAGAGGAGAUCUGCAAGGAGAAAAGAGUUUAUUAUGGCUGAACUUUUGGAAACAGAGCGGUCUUAUGUGAAAGAUCUCGAGUCCGCGAUUAAUUGCUUCCUUCGGCCUCUACAAUCGAUGAAAGAGGUCCCUUUGCCUCUCCGAGGCAAAGAAGAUAUCAUCUUUGGCAAUUUGGAAGAAAUCCUGGGAUUCCAUAAAUCCACCUUCCUCAAAGCCCUCGAGAAAUAUGAAUCCAUGCCCGAAGACGUCGGCCAUUGCUUCGUAACUUGGGCUCAAAAGUUCGACAUCUACGUCAAAUAUUGCACGAACAAGCCUCAUUCCACCCAGUUGCUGGUCCAACAUGGGGGAAAUAUUUUCGAGACACUCCAGAGAAAGCAUAAAUUGGAACACCCAAUAGCUGCCUAUUUGAUCAAACCAGUCCAGAGGAUUACCAAAUACCAGCUUCUAUUGAAAGAUUUGCUCUCCUGUUGUAACGAGGCCAAUGGCGAGAUCAACGAAGGUCUUGAAGUCUGUCUGAACGUCCCUAAAAAGGCGAAUGAUGCUCUUCAUUUGUCUUUGCUAGACGGCUGUGAUGUGUCAUUGCAAACAUUGGGCGAAGUUGUCUUACAAGAGUGCUUUCAAGUUUUGGAUUCAAAGCAAAUCAUUCGAAAAAUGAAAGAACGUCAUAUCUUCCUUUUCGACCUGUAUCUCGUGAUUGCCAAAGAGAUUAAAGACUCGAAUGGAAAAUCCAAGUAUUCCUACAAAUCCAAGCUCAUGACUUCCGAAAUGGGUGUCACCGAACAUAUUGAAGGAGAUGAUUGCAAGUUUGCGAUCUGGACGGGCAGAACUCCAAUGUCUGAAAAUAAGCUCGUUUUGAAGGGCUCGUCCAUUGAAGUCAAACAACUAUGGGUGAGAAAACUACGAGAGACCAUUCAAGAGACCUACUUCAGCGGGACGACCAUUCCCAAUUUGGCUCCUACCAAUAUAUCCACUUCAUCCACCACCUUGAAUACUGGAACAGCAUCUUCUAUCACAUCAAAAGGCGGGAAAUCCCGUCUUAGCAGGGACUUUGAGGAUGGACUUUCCUUGGAUGGGAGCAUCGAGCAAAUGGACCGCGGCUCCCUUGCUUCCUUCGGAAGUGGUGCUACAACCGACUCAGAGAAUCAAAAGCAUGGCUGUGAUAGUUCCACGUGGGUGAUAUCAGACUUUAAUGCCAUUGGUCCCAAUCAAAUCUCAUUGACUCGUGGUCUUCAAGUCGAAGUUUUAGAACAUUCCAAUGCCGCCACUGGCUUCGUUUUGGUCCGACUGAUCUCUCAAACUCCCUCAUCCUCAAAUAUGGCGGGUACCGCUCUAAACCAAGGGCUGGUCCCUAUCUCGUGUCUGAAGUGGCCUCCACAUAAAAUAAGAACCGAUUCUGACCACACGCAAGAUACUCAAAGCGGAGAGGAUCCGAACCAUCCUUUACCGAACGUUCAAAACGCCACUGGGCCAUCCUCUCCUGUUAAUAAAAGGAAAGGAUUUAGUGGGAAAUGGCUACCAAAUAUUCGGAAGUUGUCCCAGGGAAAACUGGACAAGUCAACAACUGCUGUAGAAAUUAUCACCGGCAAUCGAGGGGCGCAGCAACAAUCCAACAAUACUGCUGGGUCCGGAUUGCACAAGCAACUCUCAAAAAAUAAGCUCAAACCCGCCGCUCCCCAGAGUGAUACCUCAUCCCCGUCUGCCUCUGAGGGCGGGGUCGGGGCUAUGGGCAACAAGCAGAGUCACUCAGAAUCCGAAGAUCCCUCAGCCGCUGUGGGUGCAGCAAGUGCCAACCUGAGGACCAAGCGUCUCACCCCUUCAAUUGAAACAGACGACGGCGAGGACCCGCCCGUUGAGGUGCCACCCCCCAUGCAGCCGAUCUCAACUCUUUCCACAGCUGCCUCGGGGACCUCCAAGGACCUAUCCACAGCCGACCAAUUGCAAUCUGCCACGGCUUCCCUGACGUUAGCACCUUCCCCCUUGGGAGGUGUGCCCAUUGAGCCAACCAAGUCUCCCGCACCUCCCCCAGAGACAGAUCCCGAAGUGAUAGAAAAAAUUACUGAGCAGAGACUUUACCGACUACAAGAGCUACUGGAAUCCGAGAGGACCUAUGUCGAGGAUCUUGGCCAAUGUGUCGAGUACAUCAAAUUCAUGCGCCAAAACAAGGAUAAGGAGGAACCUGAAAUCUCCAUGCCAGAUGAUCUCAAAGAGGGGAAAGAUCGUAUGAUCUUUGGAAAUAUCGAGGCGAUCCAAGAAUGGCAUCGAGAUUUCUUUCUCAAGAAUCUGGAAAACUGUAUCAAAAACCCGGUCGAUCUUGGCCACUUGUUCAAGAAAUACGAUCGAAAAUUCCAAAUGUAUGUCGUCUAUUGUCAGAAUAAGCCCAAGUCAGAGUACAUUGUUUCCGAACACAUCGACACGUAUUUUGAGGAAAUUCGGUUGAAGCUUGGCUUCAAGUUGAGACUGACGGAUCUCCUUAUCAAACCUAUUCAGCGCCUUACCAAGUACCACAUGUUGCUGGAGGCCAUUCUCAAAUACUCCCACCGAGCUGGACUGACCGAAGAGGCUACGGCCAUUGCCAAGGCUUUCCAUGUCAUGACGGUCGUUCCUAAUCAGGCUAAUGACAUGAUGGACAUUGGGCGUCUCCAAGGUUUUGAGGGUAAAAUUACAGCUCAAGGGAAACUUCUGUAUCGGGGUCCACUCGUCUGUUUGGACAACUUCUCACAAUCAUCGCAAAAUGGUCCGGCCAAAAUGAAACCAUUCACCGUGUUCCUGUUUGAGCAGAUCAUGAUUUUCAGCGAGACAGUGGGCAAGAAAACUCAAUUCACCAGUCCCGUCUACGUUUACAAAGCUCACUUUUUGGUGAACAAAAUGGCCUUGGAUGAGAAGUCUGAUGAUGGUGAUCCGGCCAAGUUUGUGAUUCGCUCAAAUGAUCCUGCUCGGGAUGAACUUCGAAUUGUGUGCCAAGCUGAAUCCGUAGAAGAACGUGAGAAAUGGGUGGGCAUAAUGAAGAAACAGCUUCAGACUCAGAUGGAUUUCUUACGGGCACUCCAAGCCCCGAUUGCCUACCACAGCAAGUUAGCCAAGGAUUCGGCUAGCGAUGGACCUUGUUGGGAUGUGAUCGACGCAUCCUCUUCCCUAAGCAAGCUCUCUUUGGAGUCCUCGCCAAGCCGAUCACCCAAGGAAACACCUCCUUCUUUCCCACGAUUUGAGAACGGGCACAAGAAAGACCGUAAAUCCUCGCUUACCUCGACCAUGCUAAGCAAGAAGAGCUUCUUGGAGGGCCUCAAGUUGAAUAGCUUGGCUCGGCCGAGGACGAAGAGUGACGAUUUCGCCGAUGAUAAAGGCCAAUUUCGACCCAUUGGUCUCUCCGCCGUGAUUCGUGUUAAUGAGCGGGAUCAUGACCACAGUGAAAUAGCUUCACCCUCGUUAUCUGUGAUGUCUAAUCCUAAUCGUCGUGGGUCUCCUUUACCUUCCUGUCCCUCCCCUUCAAUCUCGCCACCUUCAUCUUAUUUGGGUUUGCCACCAAGAGUUGACCAACAGCCAAAAAGUGAUUCGAAGCCUAAUCAAACCAUAAGCAUGGGAACAAUUGUCAAGGCUGUGGUGGACUACCUCCCGGUGAAUAAUCAAGAGAUUGGGGUUCAUCGGGGUCAAAUUCUUACUGUGAUUCGCAGCGAUGCAAACAAAGGCUAUUUUGUGUCCAAAGACACCCUUCAUGGUUGGGUUCCUUUUUAUGUGAUAGACUUGCUAAAAAAGUCGCCUCUCCCGGGAUCGGGGAAAAGCUGCUCGACUUCCUUGUCCAAUCCUGAAAAGUCUAAAUUGGCCCCAAAGUUAUCCCAUUACUGCAACGACAGGGAUAGCAUUUUUACCGUGAAGAAAUACGAAACUGCUGUACUUCCAUGUGCCAGACCCUUCAAUGUGACGUCAGUCCAAUGGACCCGACCAUCAACAACAGGAGAAGGUCCGAGUAAAACCUUGACGAACGGAGACAAGUAUUCAUUGUCAGAUCGACCUCUGGAGAAGAACACCGAGCUGAAAAUCUUCCAUUGCGACUCGAGUGAUCAAGGAGAUUAUCAGUGCUCUCAAAUAUUAGGUGAUGGAGCAACCUUCACGUCCAUUAUCAGCCUUCAAGUUGAAGAUGUCCCAGAGCCAAAACAACCACAAGCACCCAGGAUUCAAGACCUUCAAGAUGACACGGCUGUUCUGACCUGGGAUCUCAGUCCAAACUCCGGAUUUGUGACUUCCGUGGAAGCUUGUCAAUUGCGGUCCAAUCAAUGGCGUGUCGUCAAGAGCCAAAUCCCGGAUGGAGUUUGCAUCGUUUCCGGUUUAAUUCUCGGCGAGACGUAUUGUUUUCGGAUACAGCAUCAUUCGUUGGAUCGCGUUGUUUGCAGCCCCAAGUCACCCCCUUCUCAACCUUUGGCCGUCCCAUUUAAGGAUGGGAGAUUUCCUGGACAGGAGCUGAAUCGGAACUUACGUGCUCCAAGCGCUGAAUUAGACGAAACUUGGCAAUUGGAUUUUGAAAGAAAAUUUAUCGAACUCGAAGAACUCGGCCGAGGCAGGUACUCGGUGGUCAGGCGUUGUCAAGAGAUCCAGACUGGGAUGGAAAUGGCUGUCAAGUUUGUGAAUAGGAGCAAACGAGGUCGGGAUCUGACUCGAGGGGAAUAUGACAUCCUCUCGAAAAUAAAUCAUAAACAUGUGGUCGACGUGUGCGGGUUGUUUGUCACGACUCCGGGGAGUGAUGCCAUUGUAAUGACUAUGGUGAAUGGCUAUUCCCUGUUGGAAUAUUUUGGCUCCCUCGAUAGUUACACGGAAUUGACGGUGCGGCCCCAAAUGGAACAACUUCUUCUGGCUCUCCAAUACAUCCAUGCCAAGGGCAUCGCUCAUUUGGAUCUCAAGCCAGAAAAUGUCCUUUUUGACCACAGAACUAACAGUGUGAAGCUAAUCGAUUUCGGCAGUGCUAGAGAAAUCCAUUUUAUCAAUCCCAACGAUCCUAAAACACCCUCGUUCAAUCGAGGAGAUACCGAUUCCGACUUUGAAUUCAUGGCCCCAGAGCUCCUCAGCUCAAACAACUCCAAAGUGGCCGCCCAUACCGACAUGUGGAACUUUGGAGUUCUCAUCUACGUGGCGUUGAGCGGGGUGUCCCCGUUCUUGGACGACUCUCAUCAAGAGACAAUCAAUAACAUCUUGUCCGGGGAUUUCAGUUUCCCAAGGGAGUAUUUCCGACACAUCUCAAGCGAGGCCUCGGAUCUCAUUGCUCGAUUGCUUUGUGUCAAGCCGGCUCUCAGAGCUAGUGCCACCUACUGUUUGCAAUCAGCUUGGAUCAAGCGCGAAUGGGGCCUGAAGAAUGUGCGCAUCUCCUCAGAGGGACUUAACAACUUCAUUCGACGACGUAACAAGAAGUUCAAUUCGGUCGAAACUAAGGACACGUAUCCAACGGGAAAGCCAAAAGAUGUCCGUCCUGACAGCCUGUACGGCAGAAUUCCGCAUACCUGACGACACCACAGCAGCAUAAUAAUUCAAGAAAGAUAGUUAACUUGUGAUACCUACUAAGUACUAACUAGUCAUAAAGGCAUGUCUUACGUACUA